GCGGUGAAAGGUCAUUGUCGACAGUCGCUGUUAUCGUCUGAUACUUGGAUCUUCGCGAUGUGUUAGAAGUCAUCCUAGUUCCCAGAAAAGGAAUUAUGGGACAGACGUUUUAUUAUUGUUUACUCGAAUAAAUAAAAAAACUACUAUAAUGCUGUUGCAUGUAAACUGUAGAACUCGAAAAUGGCUUGUCACAGCUCUGUCUCGUACUGUGCGCGAUCAACGAAAUGUCAACACACUCGGUCGUAAAGGGUGCAAUACUUGUUGGAUGAAAACACGGUUCUGGACAGACGGUCAUCUGGGCACCAUCUUAAAACCAAACCUUAAUGGAUGUUCUGUCCACACUACAAUUUUACAGCAGUUUCUUCAGAAACCUCCAAGUCCUGCGUUUCAUUGUGCCUUCAAGCGAAUAACAUCAAGAAACUCGCUUCAUGUACCUUCUGCUUUGUGGAGCUUUUUAGGUGGGCUGUACCAUUUUAGUACAUCCAAAGCAAAGGAAAAAAAUGAUAGCAAUGGUAGAGGAAAAGGAAAAAGUCCACAAGAAGACGAAGAGGAACGGAAGAGGCGUGAGCGUGAGGACCAAAUGUAUCGUGAGCGAUUGCGGACGUUGUUCAUUAUUGCAGUCAUCAUGAGCCUUUUGAACUCUAUUAAUACCAGUGGUGGAAAUAUCUCUUGGAAUGAUUUUGUCAAUGAAAUGCUUGCUAAGGGUGAGGUCUCAAGAGUACAAGUUGUACCUGAGAGUGACAUUGUUGAAAUUUAUCUGCAUCCUGGAGCAGUCAUUUUUGGAAGGCCUAGGUUGGCUUUGAUGUACCGCAUGCAAGUGGCAAACAUUGACAAGUUUGAAGAGAAGCUAAGAGCAGCUGAAGAUGAGUUAAACAUUGAUAUUAAAGACAGAAUCCCUGUAUCAUAUAAGCGCACUGGAUUCUUUGGAAAUGCACUUUAUGCUCUUGGGAUGGCUGCUGUUGGAGUUGGAAUCCUCUGGUAUAUCUUCCGUUUGGCAGGGAUGGUUGGCAGAGAAGGUGGAUUCAGUGCUUUUAAUCAACUGAAGAUGGCUCGCUUUACCAUUGUGGAUGGAAAGUCUGGGAAGGGAGUAAGCUUCAAAGAUGUUGCUGGGAUGCAUGAAGCAAAAAUGGAAGUUAAGGAGUUUGUUGAUUAUCUAAAGCACCCAGAUCGCUUUCUUCAAUUAGGUGCCAAAGUACCCAAAGGUGCCCUUCUCUUGGGACCACCAGGUUGUGGAAAGACACUAUUAGCAAAAGCAGUUGCCACAGAGGCUCAAGUACCAUUUCUUGCCAUGGCAGGGUCAGAAUUUGUGGAAGUCAUUGGAGGUCUUGGAGCAGCUCGAGUACGCAGUCUUUUUAAAGAAGCCCGAACACGAGCUCCUUGCAUUGUGUACAUUGAUGAAAUUGAUGCUGUUGGAAAAAAGCGAUCAACAAACAUUUCAGGGUUCUCAAAUACGGAGGAAGAACAGACCUUGAAUCAACUACUAGUUGAAAUGGAUGGAAUGGGAACCACUGACCAUGUGAUAGUCCUUGCAUCAACCAACAGAGCAGAUAUCUUGGACAAUGCACUUAUGAGACCAGGUCGGCUUGACAGACAUAUCUUUAUUGAUCUUCCAACUUUACAGGAGAGAAAAGAAAUAUUUGAACAGCACUUGAAGAUUUUGAAGCUCACGCAGCCAGCAGUUUUUUACUCUCUGCGUUUAGCAGAGCUCACACCUGGAUUCAGUGGAGCUGAUAUAGCAAAUAUUUGCAAUGAGGCAGCUUUGCAUGCUGCACGGGAGGGAUAUAAAUCAAUUGACACCUUCAGCUUUGAAUAUGCAGUGGAAAGGGUUAUUGCAGGUAGUGUUAAGAAGAGCAAGAUUCUCUCUAAAGAAGAGCAGAGGGUGGUUGCGUUCCAUGAAUCUGGACAUGCUCUGGUAGGCUGGCUGCUUGAACACACAGAGGCAGUAAUGAAGGUGUCAAUCGCACCAAGAACUAACGCAGCAUUGGGAUUUGCACAGAUCUUGCCAAGAGACCAGUACUUGUUCACCAAAGAGCAACUUUUUGAAAGAAUGUGCAUGGCACUGGGUGGCAGGGUUUCGGAGGCUAUUACCUUCAAUAAAGUCACUACAGGUGCACAGGAUGAUUUGAGAAAAGUAACACGUGUGGCCUAUUCAAUGGUGAAACAGUAUGGUUUGGUACCCAGUGUUGGACAGAUUUCUUUUCCAGAAACGGAAGAAGAGGGAGCAAUUGGCCGUCGACCAUUUAGUCAGGGUUUACAGGAACAAAUGGAUCAUGAAGUCAAAAUGUUGGUUGCUAGGGCUUACCGCCACACUGAAAAACUACUGUUAGACAAUCGGGAUAAACUGAUCAUACUAGCAAAUGCUUUGUUGGAACGGGAAGUUGUUAACUAUGAUGAUAUUGAAACACUGUUAGGACCACCACCUUAUGGUCCUAAAAAAAUAAUAGCACCACAGAGCUGGAUUGAAGCAGAGAAAGAUAAACAGGACUCUGGUGAGGAUGAUCCUCCAAAACCUAGAUCUCCACGGCAUAAUGAACAAGGGGAAGAAUCCAAUUUGCAACCUGCUUAAAAUAAUUCAAUAUUCUGGACAUUUUAUUUAUAAUGUACUGCAGUUUUUUUUUUUAAUCAGAAGCUAUAUACCAGUAAAGACAUCCACCUUUAGUAGAGGAGAAGCUGACAUACAGGAUUCUUCCAUUCAGUGUAUACUGGUAUUUAUGUGAUUACUAUGCUCACUGCAGUUUAAUAUGCAGGGUAUAUUAUGGGAAUAAAAUGAGGUAGCAGACAA